CCACUCUACUACUCCUACUACACUCCUCACCACCUUUCAUCCUCCUCCCUCCCUCCUCCUUACUCUCAGCUGUGUGCGUUGCACAGACGCAUACAGCUAACCCCUCCUUCCUCCUUGCAUUGCAUCGCACGCCAAAAAAAGCAAAGGACUCGUCGCGCGGUCACGUCCCUCGCCACCGUCACGCUCUGUUCCCCCGUCCAACCCUCCAACCCACCGGACAUUCCGAUCACACUCACCCACCUACCACUCGUCUGCCCCCGCCGCCGCCCAUCAAUCGGUUCCUCCACACCCACUACUCCACAAACUUGAAUCCUAUCACGGCGUCUCUCUUCGGCAACUACUCGUAUAGAGUCAUUGCCCACGCGAGCACAUCAUCAACGUAGUCUUGUGCCCCACCUCCAGCAUUGCCGUCGCCGCGGCCACCAGUCACCCUUCACCCCCCCCCGCCCGGCCCGGCGAGCCAACCACCCCUCUCGGCCCCACUCUUGUUGCGCCCCCCUCCGGCAUUUCAACCCCCGACUAGUCGGAACCUCGGUCCUGUCUGCCGACCAUCAUCAUCUUAUCCCUCCACACUCUACCAUCUUGCAUCUAGCACUUGGACCGCCCCACCACAUCUAGGUGCGACCUCGCUACCACCUCUUGCCUCGGCGCGCGCUGCAGUGGCCCCUCCCCCUCACCGCACCACCGCGCCGUCCUCCCCAUCUCUCUACGCGACGAGGCCUGGGCGUGACGUAGUGUCCACCCCGACCAUCGUCCUCGUGCCUGCCUUGCAAGCAGCAUGACUGUCACCCAACGACGAGUCCGCGCCGACCCCCAACGGCCAGAUGAUCGUGUUGUUACCGAGCCUGGUACGUUGCUGACUCCGCCUUCCUCCAUGUCACCGAGUGUUAUGCUAACCACCUUGCGCGCAGGCGUCAAGUACACGUGUGACAGCUGUGGCGUCGACAUCACCCACACCAUCCGCAUCAAGUGCGCGGCCGUAGAGUGCGAAGAGGUCGACCUGUGCCCCAACUGUUUCUCCGAGGGCAAGGAAGUCCAGCGCCAUCGCGCAUGGCACCCAUACAAAGUUGUUGAACAACACUCCUACCCCAUCUUUACAGCCGACUGGGGAGCAGACGAAGAGUUACUGCUCGUCUCUGGCCUCAUCCACCAUGGUCUGGGAAACUGGAUCGAGGUCGCCGACCAUGUUGGCACCCGCACCAAGGAAGAGUGCGAGAAGCACUAUCUCCAGGUGUACCUCGGCCAGGGCGACAAGUCCAAGACGCCUUCCUCCGUCACAGUCGUCGACAGCAACCGCGAGUUCAUGCCCCCAAUGGACCGCGACUUUGAGGUCGACCCAGACGAGUUCCAGGAGAAGAAGCGGAGGAGAAUAGAGGAGAUGAGGAAGCCCGCCGCCAUCCCACCAGCGGGCUCUAUCGCUCCGCUCGUGUCGGCUCCAACCAAUCACGAAGUCGGUGGCUUCAUGCCUGGCCGUCUCGAGUUUGAGCAUGAGCUGGAAAACGACGCCGAAUUGGCCGUCAAGGACAUGGAGUUCGGCCUCGUGUUCAAGUUUGGUGGCGACGAGCAGCCUCAAGCAAAGAUUACGCGGCCAGUGGAGGAAGACGAGGAAGAGGAGGAAGACGAUGACGAAGAGGACGAGGACGACGUCAAGCCCAAGACAGAAGACGACGUCAAGAAGGAGCCAUCUGAAGACGACGACGCGAGCUCAAAUGGGAAGAAGAGGAAACGCGAAAAGGCGGUUGUGGACCCAGGAGUAGAUGUCGAGGACGAGGACGAGCUCGAAGUCAAGCUCGCUAUGCUCGACAUUUACUUCAAGAAGCUUGACAAGCGCGAGGAGGUCAAGGACUUGAUCUUUGACCGAGCUCUGACAGAGCACAAGCGGAUUCUCGCAAAUGAGCGCAAGCGGCCAAAGGACGAGCGUGAGCUCAUCCAGCGAUACAAGGUCUUUGCCAAGCUGCAGACAGCUCAAGACUUUGAGGUUCUCAUUGAGGGCCUGAUCUUUGAGCAGCAGCUGAGGCGGCGGAUCGCCGAGCUGCAAGAGUACCGCCGCGUUGGCAUCACCACUGGGGCUGAAGCCGAGUCGUACGAAACAGCAAAGGCCGCCAGAGCUGGCUACCGACCUGUGGUUUCUCGCGAACAAACCGAAGUCAUUCGCACUGGAGCCCGUGUCAACGCUGGCCAGCACCGCUUCCUGCAUGGCACACCUGGCCCGCAGGGUGCGGCCGCCAACGACCGCGGUUCUCGCGACCCCACGCCCCGUGUUCCGGGUCACGGCGGACGGAAGCCUCCGACACCGCUCAACCUGGCCAAUGCCGCAUCUCUCGACCUCCUCACGACCGAGGAGCAGACGCUCUGCUCGGCGCUUCGCGUGCUCCCCAAGCCGUACCUUCUCAUCAAGGAGACAUAUCUCCGCGAGAACGAACGGCGCAAGGGGCUGCUCAAGCGCCGCGAUGCCCGCAAGAUGAUGAAGAUCGACGUCAACAAGUCUGGACGCAUCUUCGACUUCCUUGUCGCCAACGGCAUCCUCAAGCUCAUGUACGACCCAACCAUCAAGGGUCUUGGACCCGGCAAAGAAGGCCACCAUGUUGGUGUCCCCAUCGACGUCACGACGGGACGACCACUGGUCCAGCCUGUAGUCCUCCAGCCUACGGCAGUCACGAAUGGUGGUCCAUGAUGUGACCGACCAACCGUGGCGGGAGGGAGUUAUCAGCCUGACGCGUUAGAUCAUGGCGCCGAGGCUUGUGAUUAAAGCAAUAGUUGUUGUUUUGGGCAGUGGCACGGGAUUAGCCUGUGCUGCGUUGUGGUGAGAUACAGAGAGACAGAGAGAAGUCACAUUUGCGUAGUCGUAGUCUACCAUGCAUAUGAAGAAAGAAGUUACAUGUGAGA